AUGGGCCAAAUCACUGCGCCUGACUUCAGAUUGGCGCACUCGCCUCCCAUGCUGAAUGGACACCUCUGCAGUUUCCUCAUUCGAAGGCGAACGGACGAACGCCUAGCACAUCAGGAGCAUUCUGGCUGCAUGGCUGCUGGCUCACCCUCCGGCUCUAGAUCGCUCUCGAGUCUGGACUCGUGACCCCUUUCGGCCCGGGGUUGCGUCUGCUAGCUGGUCCUCGAGAAAAGCAGGACGUACGUGCGCUGAUGUGCCCUUUGGUCUCUUUCCCCCUCCUCCCUUCUCACAUUUCCCGAAGUGGCAUAUCUGCGUGA